UCCAAGAAAAUCUGGUACGAAAAAAAUAGACCCAGGAACAACACUGUUUUUUAGACUUUGUGACUUUUAUAGAGUCAGAAAUCAUAAAAGAGGGGAGACAUUCAUUUUAUUCUAUUUCCUAUUCCUACUUCCUUUUUGGAAUUUUUCAGUAGAAAUAGGUUUCUUGAGUUUUGAUGCCAGUUACGGAUCCUUGUAAAGCAUUUGCAUGUAAAAUUCAGGCCUGUUUGAAAGAAAAUAAAUUCCAAGAGCCGGCGUGUAAAGAUGUCAUAGAGGAAAUGCGAGAGUGUUGUAGAAAGUGGAAUGAUAAGAGUUUUGUUUGUGGAGGGAUUGAUACUAAAGGAAAACCUCAAGAUAAAUCUGGCCAUUAUUGAACAUGAAACAGUUCAGACAAAGAAUAAGAGGAAAGGACCAAGUACUGAAGUCAUUGAUUUUGAAGACAUUGUCAAAAAUCAUAAAUCCAGAAUAAGGAAGAAUUAAUUCAAUAAUGGAAUCUGUUCAGAAAGCCAAACAACGUUAUCAACAGUAUCCCAUAAUUUUAGCAAAAUGUGGAAAAGAAGCUAGUAAAUAUGCAACAUGUGUUCUGAAAAGAGACAAUGUCAAUUUAAAUGAUUGUAGGGAAGAGUUUGAACAUUUCAAAAUUUGUCUGCGAAAAACUGCAUGCACUCUCAAAACCAGGAUUUAAAAAAUAAUAAUAACUCAUAAUGCCUUCAUUAUGGAGAGGAUUUGUAAAUAUCCCUUACAAAAAUCACUUAAUAUUUUCCUUCAUGAUCAGGGUAUUAUUAACUAUAUAUGGGAUUUAUCAUGACCAUGUUUCUAAAGUUAAAUACACUGACAUAGACUAUAAGGUAUUCACAGAUGCCUCACGUCACAUAAUACAUGGUAAUUCACCCUAUGAUCGCCACACCUAUAGAUACAGUCCUUUGAUAGCAAUACUUCUAAUUCCAAAUGUAAUAUUGCACCACAGUUUUGGAAAAAUUAUAUUUUCAUUAGUUGAUGUAGCAGUGGCAUUUCUCAUUCGUUUAGUAGUGAAAUGCACAAUCAAUGAAUAUAAUUAUUAUAAAGAACAUGCCAAGGAAGCUAUUAUUGUAGAUGCACCUAAGGCUAAAAAGCCAAACCACAUGUAUUCAAAGAAACAGAGACAGUCAAGCAUGCAAUGUAUGAACAUGACCAAAGCUAACAUCAAUUUGAAAAGUAAUAUAGACUUCAAUGCAAAUUUUGCUAUGGUAGUUUGGUUGUACAAUCCAUUGACUGUAGCAAUUGCAACAAGGGGAAAUUGUGAUUCUAUUGCUGGACUCCUUGUUCUGAUGACUCUUUACUUCCUCCAGUGUAAAAGAUAUUAUUUCUUUGCUGGAAUUACUCAUGGAAUUGCCAUACAUUUCAGACUGUAUCCACUGAUUUACAGUUUAACUUUAUACAUGUAUCUCAGUAAAUUUUCCUAUUAUAGUACAGAAGAUCGCAGAAAAAUGUCUGUAGUUAAUUCAGAUUUGAUGGGAAAAAGUAAAGCAGGAAUUAACAAUGUGAAAGAUUCUGUAUGUGAAAAUAAUUUAAUAACUUACAACAGGAAUAGUAACAUGAGGAAAACAGUAUUCAAAAAGGAAUACUUACUAUAUCUUAUUCCAAGUUGUGAUCAACUCAAAUUGGUAUCUGGUUGUAUAAUUUCACUUUCAUGCCUUACAGUCCUUUUUUAUCACUUGUAUGGCUAUAAAUUCUUGUUUGAGACCUACAUUUUCCACUUCAUCCGAAAAGAUACCAGGCAUAACUUCUCAUUGUACUUUUAUUUGCAAUAUCUAACUGCCUGGGUAAAGAAUAUAGGGAUUUGGCAAAAAGUACUGAUUCUUUUGCCUCAGACUGUGCUGUUAUUGGUGCUGUCAGUUCGGUAUGGUCUGAAUAGGUUUUCCCUGAAUUUUUCCAUACUGACUCAAACUAUAGUCAUGGUAAUAUACAAUAGUGUUUUAACAUCUCAGUACUUCAUAUGGGUCAUGGCAAUAUUGCCUUUGUGUUUAUGGCAAGUCAAAAUGACAAAAAAAAUGGCAAUACUUCUAUUGCUCAUUUGGUUUGUUGCUCAAGGUGUCUGGUUACUUCCAGCAUAUUUGUUAGAAUUUCAAGGACAGAAUUCCUUUUUGUUCAUUUGGAUACAAAGUGUAUCAUUUUUCUGUGCUAAUAUUGCAAUUUUGGGAAGAUUCAUCAUAUAUUUUAUGCCAAUUAGAGAAAAAUCUAGUUAGUAGUUGAGAAGUAUGUUAAGUAGAAUUAGGUAACAGUUUGUAAUAUUUCAAUAAAAGAAAAUAACAUGGCUGUAGUAUGAGUUUUUUAUUGACUGAUCUUAUUUAUACAAUAAACCAAAAAACAAUCCAAUUGGCUGGUGUAUUGGAAUAUCUGAUGAUAGGAAUAUUUUGGAUAGUAUCUGAACAGUGGAAACCCUUUUUCACUCAAGACAUG